UGGCGCUGACACUUAAUUACUAACCUUGUCUGUGCGUUAACCAGACAACCGCUUCGGGCAGACAGAAAAACUCCUAAGUAAUCUUUCUUUUGCCCCUAAAUAUAACCCAAACCAAACCCCUAACCUGUGCCUGACGCAUCUCUCAACACUUCCGUUUAAAUAAGUAACCAACAGCGUCUUGGGCUGAAAUAAACCAUGAAUACCUCGGCCCUGCGGAGUAUAGCGGUGUGCGGGAGGCUGUUUAAUAAUAUUACAGAAUUUUCUACGCAGACACUGCGUUUCUUUGACUGAAGGAAGCUUCCCGCACCUAUAAUGAGCAACAGGGCUGCUCCCUGCGGUCUCCCGAGAGACUGCCCCGUGUGAAAUCUGAAGAGGCUGGCCCUUCUCGUCUUAUAUCUCCUGUGGAGUACCUGUGGCAGUGUUAUUGGAGUCGAAAGAAGACAAGAAGGGAGUUUGGUUUGGUUCCUUUCGAUUUUAGUGCUGUCUUUACAAGAAAAAGGGGGAGCAUGCCUGCUGAGAGGAAACCAAUGCGAUACGGGCACACAGAGGGACACACAGAUGUCUGCUUUGACGACACAGGAAAGUACAUCGUGACCUGCGGCAGUGACGGCGAUGUCCGAAUCUGGGAGAGCCUGGAUGAUGAUGAUCCCAAGUCCAUCAAUGUGGGAGAAAAAGCCUAUUCCAUUGCAUUGAAGGAUGGGAGGCUAGUCACGGCGGUUUCCAACAACACGGUUCAGAUCCACACUUUCCCUGACGGGGCUCCGGACGGGAUCCUAACCCGCUUCACCACCAACACGAACCAUGUGGUGUUCAGUGAGAGCGGCACGCACGUGGCUGCCGGUUCCAGUGACUUCAUGGUGAAAGUGAUCGAGGUGUCGGACAGCAGUCAGCAGAAGACCCUGCGAGGGCACGAUGCCCCCGUCCUGAGUGUCGCUAUCGACCCCAAGGAUGUCUACCUGGCUUCUUCAAGCUGUGAUGGCUCUGUUGCUGUCUGGAAAAUAUCAGAGCAGACUCAGGUGAUCAGCUGGAACGUGUUGCAGAAAUCCAGUGACGUGAGCAAUGCCAAGUCGAUUUGUCGCCUGACCUGGCAGCCCUCCAAUGGAAAGCUGCUGGCUAUUCCUGUGGACAAGACUGUGCAGCUGUAUGAGAGAGACUCCUGGAACAAUGUGUUUAAUCUUUCAGAUGACUUCAUCACGCAGCCUGUCAAUGUGGUCUCCUGGUCUUCGUGUGGGAAGUUCCUGGCUGCAGGGAGUGUUGGUGGCUUCAUGACUGUGUGGAACGUGGAGACUAAAGAAUGCCUGGAGAGGGCGAAGCAUGAGAAAGGCUACACAGUGUGUGGUCUGGUUUGGCACCCAAGUGGACGUCAGAUUGCGUACACCGAUACCGAGGGCUGCCUGGGUCUGCUGGACGGGUUGUCUUCUGGCCUGGCAAAGACUUCUACGACCGCUGCCGCCGCUGAUGCUGGCAAGGAAGUGAAGGACUACGACGAUCUGUUUGACGGAGACGAUGAUGGGCUACUGGAAGAGGACCCGAGUGAGACUCGCUCGCCCCCGAAACGCUCCCUCCUGGAUGACGAGGAUGAAGAUGAUCUCAUGCACUCACUCAGCCGCCCCCGGAAACGCGGGGCCAUUCUAGACGACGAUAACUCUAUGGAUGUGGGCUCCCUGAAGCUUGGCGUGGGGAAGGACGGGGAGGAUGAUGACAGUGCCAGCCUGGUUCACUUGGCUCCGGUAUCCUCUGCACUCCGACCAGACUACGAGGGCCCCCUGCCCACCCCCCGACAGAAACCCUUCCAGACCGGCUCCACACCUGUGCACCUCAUGCACAGAUUCCUGGUGUGGAACUCGGUGGGGAUCGUGCGGUGCUACAACGACGAGCAGGACAACGCCAUUGAUGUGGAGUUUCAUGACGCCUCUGUGCAUCACGCUAUGCACCUCAUCAACAGCCUGGGACACACACUGGCAGACCUGUCCCAGGAGGCUGUGCUGCUGGCCUGUGAGGGCACAGACGAGAUAGCCAGCAAGUUGCAGUGCCUUCACUUCAGCUCAUGGGACACUAACAAGGAGUGGAUGGUGGACAUGCCCAAGGAGGAGGAUGUGCAGGCGCUGUGUCUGGGCCAGGGCUGGGCUGCAGCUGCUACCAGCGCCUUGCUGGUGCGGAUCUUCUCCAUGGGCGGCGUGCAGAGAGAGAUCUUCAGCCUGCCAGGGCCCGUAGUCUGCAUGUCUGCGCACGGGGAGCAGCUGAUGAUAGUCUACCACAGAGACACAGGGUUCGAUGGCGACCAGUCCUUGGGAGUUCAGCUGCUGCAGUUUGGGAAGAGCAGACAACAGAUUCUGCAUGGAGACCCCCUCCCCCUGUCCAAAAAAUCACACUUGGCCUGGCUAGGCUUCUCUGCUGAAGGCACCCCAUGUUAUGUGGACUCGGAGGGGAUGGUGUACAUGUUAAACCGGUCCCUGGGAAACACAUGGACCCCUGUGUGUAACACUAGGGAGCACUGCAAGGGCAAAUCCGACCAUUACUGGGUGGUGGGAAUCCACGAGAACCCACAGCAGCUCAGGUGUAUCCCCUGUAAAGGUGCCCAGUUCCCACCCACACUGCCUCGCCCUGCUAUCGCCAUCCUGCCCUUCCAGCUGCCUUACUGUCAGAUCACUACGGAGAAGGGGCAGAUGGAGGAGCAGUUCUGGCGCUCCGUGCUCUUUCACAAUCACUUCGGCUUCCUAGCUGCGAGCGGGUACGAUUUUGACGAGGCUGGAAAGAGCUUGGUGCAGAAAGAACAGCAGGAGCUGCUUAUGAAGAUGUUUGCACUGUCGUGUAAGCUGGAGCGGGAGUUCCGCUGUGUGGAGCUGGCGGAGUUGAUGACUCAGAGCGUGGUGACUCUGGCCAUCCGCUAUGCCUCGCGCUCCAAGCGAAUGGCGCUCGGUCAGAGACUCAACGAGCUCGCCAUGGAGAAGGCAGCUGAGAUCACUGCCCAGCAACAGGAAGAGGAGGAGCAAGAGGAUUUCCGUAGCCAUCUGAAUGCUGGUUACAGCAGGACUGACUCAGAAUGGAGUCAGCCUCGAGCUAGGAACCAGAUGCAGCAGCCGCUGCCUCAUGAAGAGGUGCAUGCAGGAGCUGAGGAAGAGACACCUGAGUGCGAGAUGAUGGAGGCGGACGAAGUUCCAGAGACAAAGAAACAGAGGCUGAAUCCCUUCGGCAAAGCCACCAACUCACCUGAAAAGCCAGCUCCAAAGCCUGUGCUCAUGGCCACCAAAGAAGGACGAGUCAACCCUUUUAAGGACGCGGGUGUUGUGAAGUCCCCUGGCUUCACUGCUGGACAGCUCCGCACAGCAAACAUCCUGGACAGCAUGGCCAAAUCCACCAAGAAGCCGUCUGCCCCGGGCGGCCAGGUAGCCAGCAAACAGAAAUCGCCUGUGCUGAAGCCUCUGCUGCCCAAACAGAGGACCAAGACCCAGGCCACAUUAUUCCAGACAGGUCCUAAAACUGCAAGUAAAAAGACAGAAGAAAAACCAAGCAAAGAGGAGAAAGAGAGCAGAGUUCAAUCGGAGAAUCCUGUCCAUGCUGCUGCUGAAAACACAGAAAAUAGAAAGCCAAAGACGGGCUUCCAGCUGUGGCUGGAGGAGAACCGGAAGGGGAUUCUGGCGGAUCAGCCCGAUCUGGACGAGGCUGAAAUCAUCAAGGAGGGAAUGGGCCGCUUCCGGGCGCUGUCUGCCAAAGACAGGCUGUCCUUGACAGAGAAGGCAAAAGGAGGUGCUGUGGGAGACUGUGCCGAGAUGAAGAAGAGAAAGCGAGUGGAGGGAGAAGGUUUAGAGGUGCCGGUGAACGAGACCGCUGAAGGGGAUGCAAAUUCGUCCAAGAAAAAGAAACAACUGGACACUUUCUCCAAGCUCUCUGAGUUUGCAUUCAGCAAGGACUGAGUUGCUUGGACUGCCCUGGAGAGUUAAGUGUCAGAAGAAAUCUGUUGAUACUUCAUUUUUAAAAGUGUUGUAAAUGUCUGUUUCCCAGUUGGGGCACCUUUUUGAUGGCUUCAGUGUCUCACAGCUCUGUUUUAUUUUGAUUUGUCCCCAUGCUGAACAACUGUUGGAUAUAAAGCACUUGCACUGAUAUAAAAAAUUUGGUUUUUUUUUAGAUUUUUUUUAACGUUUUGACCACCAUUUGUCUGUUCUGUGACGCCCGUUCUGGUGGCGCUGUAGUUUUUGAACUAUAGUCUGUAAUACUCAAAAUUCUGGAAUAGGCAGACAUAGUAACACUGCACACAAUUAGGACAGUUUGUGUUCAAGUUGAACUCCUGGCAGCUCGUGUGUUACAAACGACAAUCCGUUUGCGGAAGGUGGAUAGAACAUUGUGGGGUAACAAUGGUUGUGAUAUUUUUUUUUUUUUUUUUUAAUUUCUUUUGCAGGUUCCUCUCCAGUGUCUCUUGGUUUGAUUUGAAGGGAAAUUUCCUGUUGAAAUCACCUGCUAACUCAGCCAUGCUUUUGCAGUGUUGUUUCUAUUGCUGUUUUUCAUUUAAAAGCGCUGCAAUUUAAAGUGGGGUAAAAAUGUGAUGCCGUUAGUAUCUUAAAUAUCUCGUCCAUGUUUUGAUAUUACACCAAGGAGUGUGAAUCAUCAUGUUUUGUAUUUGUAGUUUUAAGUGUUUUAUAAUGUGUCAACUGUACUGUAUAUGUAAAAAAAAUAAUAAUAAUUAAAUAUUAUGCUGUGGUCCUUGGACAGUAAUGUGCUCUUUUUGUAAAGGCUGUUAGAAAAAGAAAAAACAUUAGUCAUGCUUACUAUCUAUUGGAAAUAUAAAACUAUCCUCUUCUAGAAGCAGAAUUUCUGAUGUGAGACAGCUUGGGAAAGGACCACUAGAGGUGUAGAUGUCUGACCCCUGUGAAAUUGAUUUUUCAUAUAUUUACAAACUCACUGAACCCUGCUGCAAAUUACAGUUGCACACCCUAAGUGUUUGUUUUUCUACCCUCACUUGAGAAAUUCAGCCUCGAGGGUUCUUUUCAGAAGCAGCACGUGUGAUGAGAUAAAAAAAAAAUAGCCUUAUUAAACUUGAUAAAAGCAAACAACACUACAGAUAAUUAUGCUGGUGGUAUAUAAAAUGAGUUAUUUUAAUGAGUAAAGACUGAAGAGUUUUUUUUUUUUUUUUGUUUGUUUUUUUUAACUGAUCAAAGAGCAGCGAGCGCUGCCCCCAGUACCGAUGCACCUGCAGUGUGUGCUUUUUGAGGUUAGUCAAACAUCAGCGUCAAGCAGCUCUCCGCGAUCCAGUGAGGUUUAAGCUUUCUAGACCGAGGCAUGUGUGGGCUAACUUCCACCAGGGCAUCCAUUGGUUGGACCCUGUUGCUAUUUAAGUCAUAGCCUUGUUCUGAUUGUGUGGCCGGUCCACUGAUGUACAGAUUGACACAGCCUGACAGAUCCCUAGUUUAAAUUCAAGGUAAAAUUUUAAUGGUGGUAGACUGAAUUUAAUGCACCUAAAGCAAGUAUACGGCACUGCACAAGAAACACUAGUGUUUAUUGCAUUGCUGUUGUGCUGUAAUUUUACUGGAAAUGUGUACUUAUGCAGGUAAUGAUGCAGGGAAACACAGUGGCCGUGUUGCUCGAGAACACAUAGCUGCCAGUGCCCUUUUGUUUACAACUAGUAUUCCUGUAGAUGUGUGAGAAUUGUGAAUGAGUUCCAAAAUUUAAGACUGAGGGCAAAAAUGACAAGGCACCUACUCUUGCAUUUUUACCUUUUACUGACAGUAAGUAGUAUGUUGGGUACAAGUUGCGUAACGGUUUAUAAUAUUGUGUAAAAGAAAGUUUGAACAUUUUUCUAUUAAAAUCUGGUCCAGGUAUACCAUUAUCAAGAUUUAAAAUGAGUUGACAAAACAAGUUAACAUCAUUGGUGAGUGCUUACAAUAGUGAUGUGUCUUGUUGCAGAAAAAGAGAUUAUAGAAAUUAUAUACAUGGCCUAUUGAAUACUGUUAGUUAAUCAGAUUUGGUGUUUUACAAAGUGCCAGGCACUGCCAGUCCCUGUGUAGUGUAGCUGUUGUUCAUUUUCAAAAUGUAUACACCUGCAAAGUGAAUACCUCUUAUUGUGAGUUUUAACAUACAGCUAUGGCCAGUAGUUUUG